AUGGAAACCUCCUACACUUUAUCUCCAACCGCAUCAAUUGCAUCAAGGUUCCACAAAGGUGGUAAGAGUUUCACUGAAAUAUACUCAGAUUACGCCAAAUUAGAAAACGAAUUCCAGCGUGAAAGAGCUGAAAGAAGGAGAUUAGAGAGUUGCUUGGCUGAUGUUGUCAGUGAGAUAGAAGAAAGAGCUCCACUUCUACAAGAACAAAGGCGCGAAUAUGACAAGCGUAACGCAGAAGCAAAUGCUCUUGCUUCACAACUCGCUGAAUCGUUAGAGGAAAGAGAUGCUCUCAAAGCCUCAGAAAAAGAAGCGAGGUUAGUAGCAGAGAAUGCUCAACGUGAAGCUGAAUUACAAUCGCAAUCUAUUGUUGAUCUCACAAGACAGGUUGCUUAUCUUACCCGUCAAAUCGCAGCGAUUGAAGAUCCGUCAUUGCCAAUUGAUGCUCAAAAUGUUGCACCUGCUCCAGCUCAUGAGUUAGCAGUAGAUCAAGCAAUUUCAGACAGAUUGGUCUUAUUUGCAUCAACCGAGGAGCUUGUUCAGCAGAAUAAGAAUUUGUUGAAGGUUUCUCGAGAGUUAGGUCAGAAACUUGAACAUGUAGAUGCUGUACAUGAAGCUCGUUCUAAAGAGACUGAGAAUGAGUCACUACAAGAAGCUUAUGAAUUGAUUCAACAACUUAAAGAUGAAAUUGAACUCAGUCGCGAGAAGGCUGGUAGUUACGUACGUGAAAGAGAUAUGUUUAGAAGAUUGUUAGCACAAACUGGAAAAGCCGUACCU